GAGUACACGUGUCAAAAUGUCAGCCGUUGCUGACGCUUCUACUAGUUCUCCAACAAAACAAAAAGUUCACACUAGACAACAUAACCUCUACAGCAAACUACAAGCAUGGCCUAUCUGCACUCUCCAAGUCUAUCCACACGUAAACACAACCCUAAGCCUGCAUGCUUCCCUCCUUCAAAACCCUCUUCACUUCACAAUCUCUGCUGCUUCACAACCCAACUCAGAAUCUCCCCUCACAGAUGCAAUGCAUUCUUCGGCGAAAUCCCUGAAAAUCUUAUGGAAACUACCCUCCAUUUGGACCAAUUUCCUCCUCUGCAAUAUGGUUUCAUGCAGUUUGAGAGAAUUACAGAAGAGCUGUCAGAAACACAGAAAUGGGGUUUCCUUGUUUUUGCUGGGAUUACUUGGAUAUACUUGACCGCAAGGCCGGGGAUUCUCAUUGGCGCCAUUGAUGCAUACCUUCUUGCUCCUCUGCAGUUGGGGUUGGAUAGUUUGACUGGGAGGAGGAGGUUGAAAAGGACGGGUUUUGUGAUCGGGGAAAAAUUGGGAGAAGGGUCUUUUGGUGUGGUUUAUUCCGGGGCAGUUGUUCCGAAGAAUGUGAAUGUCGAGGAGACUGUGCAGAGGAGAGGAAUGGGGAGGGCUCCACAGUUGGAUGAGAGGUUUAAGGAGAAGGUCAUCCUGAAGAAGGUGAAGAUUGGUGUUCAAGGGGCUGAAGAUUUUGGCGAAUUCGAGGAGUGGUUCAAUUACAGGUUGUCUAGAGCAGCACCUGAAACAUGUGCUGCGUUCUUGGGAAGUUUCGUUGCUGAUAAAACAAAGUCACAGUUUACAAAGGGUGGAAAGUGGCUCGUUUGGAAAUUCGAGGGAAACCAAAACCUUGAUGAUUACAUGAAAGAUAGGAAAUUCCCUUUUAACUUAGAGUCUGUCAUGUUUGGACGUGUCCUGCAAGAUGUAGACUCCGUCAGACGCAGUGCAUUGAUCAUCAAGCAAAUAAUGCGUCAAAUUAUUACUUCGCUUAAGAAAAUCCAUGACACGGGCAUUGUUCAUCGGGAUGUAAAACCAGCAAACUUAGUAGUGACGAAGAAGGGACAGAUCAAGCUCAUAGAUUUCGGGGCAGCCACUGACCUCCGGAUUGGAAAGAAUUAUAUACCAGACUGCACCCUGCUAGACCCUGACUUUUGUCCUCCUGAACUAUAUGUGCUCCCAGAGGACACACCAAAUCUUCCUCCCGAGCCUAUUGCUGCAUUACUUUCUCCGGUUCUUUGGCAGCUCAACAGUCCUGAUCUGUUUGAUAUGUAUUCUGCUGGAAUUAUACUAUUGCAAUUGGCAAUACCAUCCUUAAGGUCUUCAGCAGGCUUAAAGAAUUUCAAUUCAGAGAUAAAAAUAGUUAAAUAUGACUUGAAUAAAUGGAAGGACUGCACUCGGUUGAGACCUGACUUGUCACUUCUUGAUCUCGAUUCGGGUAGAGGCUGGGAUCUGGCCACAAAGCUUGUUUCCGAGAGAGGUUCUCUUAGAAGGGGGCGUUUAUCAGCGGCCGCUGCUCUGAGGCAUCCUUAUUUCUUGUUAGCUGGUGACCAGGCAGCUGCAGUUCUUUCAAAACUAAGUUUUACCAAAUAGUGAACUACUUCAAGAUCAACUCAAGAAUGGAGAGGCUCACAGAUAUGCAAGGGGUUGCCUGCUCAGUAUAUGAAUGCUGUCAUUUUUGCAACGAGUGAGCUAAGCUCUUCGCUUCCAGUUUACCACGCCAUCGAAUGCAAAUUAGAGUUUUAUAAAUGUUUUCCGUCACCGAUGAUACUAUAGCAGAGGAGGUUUACACACAUCCCCUAAACCCUACUUUGUUAAUCCACUUUAAAUUCAUUAAUACUCUCCCUAUGAAAAAGCUCAUUUAGUCCAUGAACAAAUAAAUAAAAAUAAAUUGUUCAUGAUCAACU